AUUCAACUUACUGGUUGACCCAAAAUGUCGGUUAGUUGGGCGUAUUUAUGCCUAAUUCUACUUACAUCGUGGAUUGUUUUAAAGCCAGACUCUGUGUCAGGAGCAUGCCCGACAGGAAAGUAUGGGUUGGACUGUAGCUACGCGUGUCACUGUAAUGUUUUCAGAUGUCAUAACGUCACAGGCUGCUCCGGCAACUGCAACAACGGAUGGUCCGGUCCAAAAUGUACAAUAGAAAAUGUAGCUUUAUUGAAAACUACCUACCAGAGUUCAUACUAUGACGUAUUACCGCGGAAUGUAUCUGAGCUUGCUGUAGAUGGCAGCCGUAUUACUGAUAGUGGCGGACUCUGCAUACUAACUGGUGCACAGCCAUACACGUGGUGGGAAGUGGACUUGGGAAGAAACUACUACAUACACAAACUAGCUAUUUACUUCCGCACCGACUACACAGUUCGUAAAAGUGGAGUAAAUGCAUACAGUUCUCUGCAUGCAAACCAGAGUAACAGUGGACACUGGUGUGGAAACACAACGUCAAGUAGUCCGCUCAUAACACAUCUGACCUGCGACGACCCCGCCAGAUACAUCACACUCUAUAGAGAUACAGGACGUGGUAACUCAUUCAUGGACUUCUGUGAAGUUGAAGUAUAUGUUUGUGAUGCUGGCACGUUUGGUGACACCUGCAACAUCUUCUGUCACUGUCGAGAUGGACCCUGUAACUACGUAACUGGUGAAUGUACAGGAGGAUGUAAACCAAACUGGACUGGACAGAUGUGCAGUGUCUGUGAUUCCAGUCACUACGGUGAAUUGUGCAGUGAAGACUGUUACAGUAGACAUUGCAUUGGAUCAUCAUCGUGUAACAUCACAGGAAGGUGUGACAAUGGAUGUACAGCAGGAUGGCUGAGUGUAGAUUGUAAGACAAAAUGUCCACAGGGUCGAUAUGGACAGGGAUGUCGAAGUAUCUGCAAAGACAGACAUUGUCAUGGGAACUCAGAUUGUGUCCACGUGACUGGAGAGUGUGUCAGUGGCUGUGAUAGAGGAUAUCGUUCACUUGACUGUACAAUACUAUGUCAGGCUACCUAUGGAUUUAACUGUAACAUGUCGUGUGAUGCCAGACACUGUCGUGGUAGUAACGUCUGUGACGUGUUUUAUGGAAACUGUGCAGGUGGUUGUCAAGCUGGCUGGGAGUUACCUGACUGCACCACUGGCAGUUUACAAGAUGGUCUUCUAGACCUUGGAUAA